AUGGGUUUACCAGCAAGAAGAAAACGCGUUGUAUUACCAGCCUAUAAACUAACAGAUCAUACUCCACCUAUCUAUAACGAUCCUUGUUCAAAUAGACCAAUUCCAGUAGGUUAUUUCUUGAAUAAUCUUGACGAAAUUGGUCCUGCUCAUUGGGGAAAUACACAAUCCGCCGAUUAUUCUCUAAAGAUUAUUAAACCCCAAGAAGUUGAUUUUUUUUGCAGUUAUUUUAAUCAAUUUUGCAAAAAUAAUAAUUUUCCAGAUAUAAAUUUAGACGGUUUAUAUUGUACAGUUAGAAAUAAUUGGAUAAUUAAUAAUGGUGGAUUUCAAACCUCUGAAAAUUUUGAAUGGCAAGAACAAUAUUUAUUAGAUUAUCAAUCAUCAUUACCUGUAACUUGUAGUGACAAAUUUUGUUCUGCUGCUGAUGCUGCAGCUUUAACUCUUUAUUUUAACGCUACAAUGAUUUCUUAUCAACAAUUUAUAAAUAAUCUUCAACAUCAAGCUACAAGUGGAAUUCCUUCACCACCUUCUUCCCCACAUUCUUCACCACCUUCUUCUCCAAUUGAUGAUAAACACAAACCAUCGUUAACAAAUAUUACUAAAAUCGCUUCUCCACCAAUUCCAUGCUUUAAAGUACGAAAAUGGAUAACAAACGAUUUAACACCUAAUAAAAAGAUAAAACAUAAGAAAUUAGUUGUUAUG